AUGAUUUCGGACACCCAAACCUCCAUUACCUCCUCAGAUCCUCAUUUUCCAUCAGAGAUAACGGACCUCAUCUUCGACUUCGCCCUGCCAGGGCUUGAUCCACGUUCUAUCUCCUCCGUGGCACAUGCAUCGCACCAUUUUCGAGCGCUAGCAAACCAUCAACGAUUCUCUUCAAUAUCUUUCGUAUACAAUGACACAAAAAGAAUCCCCACAAACGUGAAGAUGCGUAUUUGCAAGUUUGCAGAGCUGAUCCAAACUGGCAGGCAGAUAACGACAAUGCGCGGGAUACAGACAUUCAUUUCAUCCUUUACUUUGGAGGUCGGGAUCGGAAGCGAUUUUUUGAAUUUCACGAAGCUGGGGUAUUUGUCUGUUAUUUUCGACAACCUGUUUAGGGACCCAGCAAUAACGUGUGAGCCAGUUCGCAUGUUAUCUCUCAAUAUCGCACCCGACCAACCAUUUCGUGAUUGGAAGAAGGACGGUAACACUUUGCUGGAAUCUCUCUGGUCACUGAUCAGAACACCAUACCUCAACGAACUACGGAUACUGAGAGGAUCAGGCAUACCCCUGAAUCUCAUACUGGGUUCUAACAUCGAGAAUCUCCAUGUCGGAGACUUGGUGAUGUUCGACGAUGAAAUUGUUGAGCUCAAGCAAGUCAGUAGACCAGUGGAAUUGAAGUCGUUAUGGUUGGAUGUCUGGCCUGACUCGGACCUGGAAAAUUAUUUACAGCUCAUAUGUGACACUUCGGAUCCACCGCCUGAAAGAUUUUCGGAUCUGACAGACCUUGUUGUAUAUAACGGGUCGAACGUUUUUAUAUCGAGAAUCCUGGGCCUGACGAAGUCCUUGAAGACGUUGACACUUGGUCACCGUUACAAUCCAAGUCAGUGCAAUUCUUAG